GGUUUCGUUUAGCAAUAUUAUACAUGGGAGAGUGUUUCACACACUUUCCCUCCCGAGGCUUAAUUGAGCGCCGGCGCACAAGCGCGUUUCCCACGCACGGCGCCGGGGUUGACACUCCUCGUCACGUUUCGUGUUUCCCCAUUGAUUGGCCGUCCGAUUUCCCGGAAGCUAGAGCUUCCAUUUAGAUCAGAAACACACCAUUAUCCGAUCUCGAUUGACACCAUCUGGCCAUGUCCAAGCUUGCGGAAGUGUCCAACAAGAUCAUUCCAAAGUUCCUCCCAUCAAAAGCAUCUCGCAUAGAUACGCAGCUCGCCCAGGAUGGUGCUGUAAUCGAUGGUCCCAAAACUCCGGCAGAUGAGGCUAUAGAUUUCUUCGAGUCCAUUCCCAGUGCGAACGAAGAGCCGAUACAGGUUUACGAGCUUAGAUUAGAAGAGGACGGUGGUCCGAACAAGGAUAGGGCUUACACGCGACUCCCUCCUCCAUAUAAACCAUAUGUGCUUCGCGUCACCAUGGAUGCUGGCACUCCAGCGUCAAAGAACGGUGUAUUCAAAACAAACUUCCCACUUGAUGGUGGCGUGUUCGACAGAGAUAGAUUCCAGCAACGAAGAUUACCUACCGACCUUUCAAAGCCUAUCAAAGUAGACCUCCCGAUCUCUCACGCCGGUGCAUUCGUGUACUGGGUAGAGUAUGACAACCCGAUUUCGCCUGACGCCAAGCCAGAACGCGUCAAAGGUCGAGAAGGGUAUUUCAAUAUCGAUCCAAUCCUUCGUGUCAAAAAACGUUCAGCGAUUCUUGCUGAAAAUAAGCCAUCUGUUCCUGGGGGAGGUGCAUUGACACUGGAGCUCACUAAUCUACCGUUAGAUGGUCUCGCUAUCCUUACCCUUGUCUCGAAAUGGAUGGGACCUAUCGAUCAGUGGGACAAGCAUCUUACGGAGGCAUCGGAGCGUGGGUACAAUAUGAUUCAUUGGACUCCUUUGCAGCAGCGUGGCGAGAGCAAAAGUCCUUAUUCCAUUGCUGACCAGCUGGCCUUUGACUCCGAAAUCUUCGAGAAUGGAUGGAAAGGCACUCGCGAGGAAGGGGCUAAGAUUGUUGGGGAAAAGCUCAGGCAGGCGAAAGACGAUUUUGGCUUGAUGGGCUUGAUAGACGUUGUCCUCAACCACACGGCCAACAACAGCCUGUGGCUACUUGACCAUCCCGAGGCUGGUAGGUGUUUAAAGCUCGCGGUUUGUAGACCUUCGCGUGUGCCACCUCACAUCCCACUAGGUUAUAGUCCACAUAACUCCCCACAUCUUGCUCCAGCCUAUGAAAUAGACACGGCCAUCGUCGAUCUGUCUGCGUCCCUAUCCACCCAGGACCUUCCUACUAUUAUCACGUCCUCUGCCGACGUCGAGAAACUCAUUUCGGCUCUUCGUCAAAAAUUUGCAGCAUUGGAUCUAUGGCAGUAUUAUGUCCUAGAUGUGCGGAAAGAAAAAUCGUCCGUACAGAACGCGCUAUCCUCCGAGAAGGUGCUACAGUGGUCGGGCGCAAAUGUUGCUGGAAAGAACAUUGUUGAAUUGGCCCACGUUGCCCAGAGUUCCGGCAAGAUUUUAGGCCUUGGUCAGUUCCGGGGGAGAUUCGAAGUGAAGGCAGAUCCAGAAUACGCCGCAGCUCUAGUGAAGGCUGCGUUCACGGAAUUGAGCGAUCCGGGUGCUCUUGCCGAUGCGUGGGGGGAUAUUGUGGAUGUUAUUAACGUCCCGCUUUAUGAAGAAGCGAACGAAGAUUUAAAGGCGGCAAUUAAUGGCGUUCGCAACCGUGUGAAUUAUAUUCGACUGGAUCCACAUGGUCCAAGGUUAGGAGCGAUUUCAGCCGAAUCGCCUUUGGUUGAGACGUAUUUUACUCGCCUUCCAGAAAAUAAGAGAACAUCCAAACAUCCGAAGUCGGCGCUCGCCCUUGCUAACAAUGGAUGGAUUUGGGACGCGAAUCCCCUCCAGAACUUUGCUCAGCUCCCAUCGAAAGCCUAUCUUCGCCGCGAAGUCAUUGUGUGGUCCGAUUGCGUCAAGCUCCGCUAUGGCGCAUCACCGAAGGACAACCCUUGGUUGUGGGAAUACAUGACGAAAUACGUACAGUCGCUCGCAGAACUGUUCGAUGGGUUCCGCAUCGACAACUGCCAUUCUACUCCACUCCAUGUUGGUGUCACGCUCCUCGAUGCCGCCCGAGUGGUCAACCCGAAUCUAUAUGUUAUUGCAGAGCUGUUCACAGGAAACGAAGAAACCGAUGUUCAUUUCGUGAGCCGAUUGGGUAUCAACAGCUUGAUUCGGGAAGCGUACAAUGGCUGGGAUCCCAAGGAAUUUUCCCGACUUUUGUACCGUCAUGGACUUGGGAAGCCUAUAGGGUCGAUGGAUACAGCGACUCUAGUGAGUGCUGAAGAACUCCCAUCGCCGACAGGCAAAGGGCCCUCUCGUCCAGCCACAGUUACUCCUCUACAAGGCUCGGCGCCUCAUGCUGUUAUGUUCGACCUCACUCACGAUAACGAGUCACCCCUAGAUAAACGCAGCGCUGAGGACGCGCUUUCCACUGGUGCUCUUGUGACAUUUGCACAUUGUGGCGUUGGAUCGAAUAAAGGCUUCGAUGACUUAUAUCCCAAGCUGCUCAACCUUGUCGGCGAGAAUAGGCGAUACGGUGUUGAGACGGGGGAGCAAAAGACUGGGAUUGCAAAAGCGAAGCGACUUCUGAACCAUCUUCACACAGAAAUGAUUCUUGAGGGCUACACUGAAGGUCAUGUUCACCAAGAGAAUGAUUAUAUCGUCAUCCACCGGGUUCAACCUAAUACACACCACGGUUACGUUCUGGUAGCGCAUACCGCCUUUCGUAAAGGAAGUAAAGAUAGGGGCUGGAUAAACCCUAUUCAGCUUCGCCGGACUAAGGUCAAGUACAUAUUUGGUGUCAGCAUCGACAUUCCAUCGUACGAGAUCGCCCCAAAUGCGUCUACCUUGAGAGGUCUCACGUCAACUCUCUCCGAAAUCCCAGAGGUUUUGGCGAAGGAGGGUUCAGAUGGCGACGGACCUUUCUCCGAAAUCAGUAUCCCAGAUGCUUUCCCCCCUGGGUCCAUAUUGUUAUUUGCAACACAAAUGGAGGGAAUUGAUACAUCCUUGGACGUCUUCUGCGCGAGUGGUGCAGACGAAGCGUUCAGGGAUCUUGACUUAGUCGAUUUGAAUGUUGUGCUGUAUCGAGCAGACGGGGAGGAACGCGAUGCCACUGCAGGAAAGAUUGGAACUUACAGCAUCCCUGGUUCCGGGAAUCUCGUAUACUGCGGCUUGGAGGGCUGGAUGGCACCACUGCGGCACAUCACCACAUACAACGACCUAGGUCAUCCCCUCUGCGCCCAUCUACGAGAUGGAGCUUGGGCCUUUGACUAUGUUCACCACAGACUAAAAGUUCAGACAGAUAACUUCCCCCGUCUCGCCGCUCCUGCUGCAUGGUUCGAGGAGCGAUUCGAGAAGAUAAAGGCUACGACGCCCUCUUUUCUGAAGCCUAAAUACUUCGCAAUAGCUGUGGUUGAAGCGUACAAAGCCGCACGUCGAGCUGUUGUAGAGCAAAGCUCCGAUUUUAUUUCGUCUGGCCAUGAUUUCACGCAGGCCCUUGCUCUUUGUUCCGUGCAGAUGUAUGGCCAGGUCUCGUCCGCUUCUUUACAUCCAGCAAAGUCAACACCAUCCCUCGCUGCUGGUCUGCCCCACUUCACGGCCGGUUGGGCGAGGUGUUGGGGCCGAGAUGUUUUCAUUUCGCUUCGCGGCUUGUUCCUUACUACCGGCAAUUUCGACGCCGCCAGGAGGCACAUACUUACAUUUAGUUCCACCUUGAAGCAUGGGCUGAUUCCGAAUCUCCUGGACAGCGUGCGGACUCCUCGGUACAAUUCCCGAGAUUCUCCCUGGUUUAUGCUUCAAAACAUCCAAGAUUAUACUAAAUUCGCACCUGAAGGUUUGACUAUCCUAUCUGAAUCUGUGAAACGCCGUUUCCCAAAAGAUGACACAUUUGUCCCUUGGAAUGACUCUCGGGCAUACUCGGACUCUAGCACAAUAGCAGAAAUCAUCCAAGAAGUCCUCCAGCGACAUGCUUGGGGUAUUUCAUUCCGUGAACAUAACGCCGGUCCCAACCUUGACAUGCAAAUGAAAGCCGAGGGUUUCAACGUUAACAUCUAUGUGGACUGGAAGACGGGAUUCGUCCACGGAGGGAGCGCCUUUAAUUGUGGUACAUGGAUGGACAAGAUGGGCGAAUCUGAACGUGCGGGGACUAAGGGUGUCCCGGGCACUCCACGGGAUGGUGCUCCAGUAGAGAUUACAGGACUGGUCAAGAGCGCGCUGCGUUGGUUGGACGAAUUGUCGAGAUCUGGGAAGUUCCCCUUCAAGGGAGUCGACGCUAAGAUUGAGGGUAGGACAAGACUUAUUACAUAUGGUGAAUGGGGCAACCUCAUUCAAGCAUCGUUUGAAAAAUACUAUUACGUCCCUCUCGGUACGUGCUCACACCUUGAGGCUAAAACACUACAGUCAUCGUUGGUAACAGAUCCUGCUGAUGACACCUCUCAUGCCAUUAACCCGGCGUUGGUGAAUCAGCGAGGGAUUUACAAAGACGUUUAUGGUUCGGGUCCUGGGAGAGAAUGGUCCGAUUACCAGUUACGCUGCAACUUCCCCAUCGCUAUGGUUGUUGCACCGGAGUUAUUCAAUAAUCAGCAUGCAAUUAGUUCCCUUCGCAUUGCAGACCAAAGGCUUAGAAGUCCACUCGGAAUGAAAACUUUGGAUGCAGCGGAUGCCCAAUAUCGUGGAAGCUAUGACAAUUCGAAUGAUUCUGAUGAUCCUGCCAUCGCCAAGGGACGCAACUAUCACCAAGGUCCUGAAUGGGGAUGGCCGCUAGGUUUCUUCCUUCGUGCCUAUCUCAGCUUUGACCUCAAGGCUGGUGAGGGCCAAACGAACCCUCAAGAAACUCUUCACUAUCUCCACACCCUCCUCCUUCCCAGCCGCAAAUAUAUCCGCACAGAUCCAUGGGCCGGCCUCCCAGAGCUCACGAAUGCUGACGGAGCCUAUUGUCAUGAUUCAUGUCGCACGCAAGCGUGGAGUGCCAGUACACUGCUCGACUUCUUACACGAAGUAUACACUCUGAAUCAGUCCAAGUAGGGUUCAUUGGCUGUGGGCACCAAAAGUACAGCUUUAUUCUGAGAAUGUACAUACACAUUGUUGGAAAAUAAACAUUGCAUCCUGAUAAAGCGAUUGUGGUUUGUGUCAGUAUGCAUGCAACAU